GCCAAAUCAGUUCGUUCUAUAAUAAUCGUUAUUAUCUGCACUAAUGUGGUUCUAAACGUUAACUGGACUUAUUUUCACAAGUACUGACUGCAACAACGAUGCGCCUGCUUGCAAUCUCCCUGUUUUGUCUGUUAGUGCGGUUUAAUUCUGCAACAAUCCUCAACCUACGACCGAAACAGCUUGUCAAUUCAAUAGGCCUCGGUUAUCGGUUUGGUGGACAUGGAUCGCAGUCCACAGAAGAGAGUGAUCAUUUCAAACUGUUGGAGGCCGAUGGAGAUUCACUACUUGUUGGAGCGCGUAAUGCCGUCUACAACCUAUCAGUGACCACUCUCAGUGUUCAUCAUAAAAUCGACUGGAAACCACCUGCUGAUGUGAUCGAAGAGUGUUUGAUGAAGGGGAAGCUGAAGAGCGAUUGUCAGAACUAUAUCCGUGUUCUGGCACGGCAGUCUCCUGGGAAAGCCCUGAUCUGUGGCACCCACGCAUUCUCACCCAAGUGCCGUGAGUACGUAUACUCUAGCAUUGACGGCACUCUAAAAAAUACUCGACAGUUUGAUGGACAGGGAAUUUCACCAUAUGAUCCUCGCGAUAAUUCGACUGUUGUUUAUCUACCAGACACGCAUGAGAUCUACACUGGUACAGUGUCAGACUUCGUUGGGAAUGAUCCACUGAUAUACCGUAAGAGGAUAGGUGAAAAUGAUAGAGAUAAUGGCAUUAGGACCCAGAGAGACGACGCUAGAGUGCUUGAUACGCCUAACUUUGUUGGCUCAUUUGUGUACAAGGAGCAUGUUUACUACUGGUAUAGAGAACGAGCUGCUGAAGCUAUGGACAACAAUGAAGAGCGGCAGAUCUACGCCAGAGUAGCUCGCGUUUGUCGAAAUGAUAAAGGAGGUGCACGACCUGCUAACGAACGCUGGACUUCAUUUAUGAAGGCUCGACUAAACUGUUCGUUGUCUUCUGCAACACCAUUCUACUUCAAUGAGCUCAAAGCCGUGUCGGAUCCGAUAGUGUCGUCAGCGAACGACCAUAGAGUCUAUGCCGUCUUCUCUACUCCAGACUCCGACGUUCGAAUGAGCGCGGUUUGUGCAUUUUCCAUGAAGCGGAUAAGGGAAGAAUUUGACUAUGGAACGUUCAAGCAGCAACGGACGGUAAAUUCACUGUGGGUUCCAUAUAACCGUAAUGAGAUACCAAGACCACGACCGGGUGCUUGUGUGCCAGAUUCAACAAAACUGCCUGAAGCUACAGUGUCUUUCAUUACAAGAACUCCAUUGAUGCAUAGGGCCAUAGAGUCGAUAAAUGGGCCCAUGCUUAUCGAGGGAUCGGACAGGGCUGAUCUUACACAAAUCGCGGUCUUGCCACAUGUGGAUUCUGUUAACGGUCAGAAUUACGACAUCAUCUAUCUGGGAACAUCCGAUGGCAGAGUUUUGAAACUGAUAGAAACUGUUGGCAAUACGACAGUAAUCGAGUCGGUGACCGUGUUCUCGAGGACCAUACCUGUGGUAAACUUACUCACGACACCGCGUCAGUUAGUUGUUGUAUCGUCCGAUGAAGUAGCGACAAUCGACGUUCAUCACUGCAACGAACCAGAUUCAUGUAACCGCUGUGUAGCUUUGCAGGAUCCGCAUUGUGCUUGGGAUCUGACCAUUGCUAGGUGUGUGAACAGAAACUCAUGGAGUGGUGGUCAUUUCAUACAGAACAUCGUAUUCGGUCAAUCGGAACAGUGUCCAGAGGGUAUAGUGAUUUCUGAGGAGCUGAAUGAUGAGCCGAGUUCUGAGCGAGUUGUGGAACCUAAGAGAGGGAUGCACACAGCUGAGAGUCUGUUCCUUGCAUGCGGCUUGUCCGCGCUGAUCGCCCUGGUGAUAGGCUCCUUCGUCACAUACCGCGUCACGCGAGCGCGUGUCCUUGCUGAAGCUCAUCACUCAGCAAGUUCGACAAGCGGUUCUGAUUAUGAUAGCUUUGGUCGAGCACGAUUAACGCGGCAUGAUUCGCUAACAACAGCAGCGAAAAUCGAGCACGUCUAUGGUGGACCCCCGAAAUCGAGUGUUGAUGCCUCAUCUCUAGUGUUGACGAUGCCGCCAGCAAUGACAAUGAGCCAGCAUACUUCUGGUGUGAAUACACCGUCUCGCGACAAGAACGCGAUUAUGACGUCGAUCAACCAGAAUACGUUGCCGCGUGAUUACAAAGUGAAAAAAGUCUAUUUGUAGUUGUUACGUUGUAGCUUUCUCCACUGGUUACUAUCUGAUGUCGUUUAGCGAUGCGAUAACUCGAUUCUCCACUCCUUUUUAGCUUCCAAAGCAGAGAUUUGAACCCUUAGUAUCGCGAGUUAUCGUAGUCGAUAGCGCGUCGCAUUGGUGCCAACGUCGUCGCUCUGCGAUUACGUGCGUGAUACGUGUAUUUGUGAUAUGCUUCACUUUGGCCUACUCUCUCUCUUUUUGUAAAUGAAUGGUGCUCGACAAAUCGCGACACCGAAUGCGAUUUGUCGCGCAAUACCAAUGGCCCGCGAUUCCUUCCCUUUUGACACCGGUGAUCGUCGUCAUUUCUUGCUUCUAAUUUCUUUGUUCUAGUUUUCUCGAAGUUCUGUGAGACUCUCCAUCCUCUUUAUAUCAAUUUUGAACAUAUUUAUCAAGUUGAUCUCAAUUCUAGCGGAUGUUCACCAGAUGCCGUUUCUCUAGCUUGGUGUAAUUGUGUCUCAUCUCUCGAUUUUUUCGCAGCUGACUCGAAUAUGCGUAUUAAUUAUAGAUCUACUAUAAGUGUACAAAGU